CUAAAAGAAUCGCCCUAAACAUGCUGUAACCCCCAUUUUAAGAUGCAUGAAGCAUUACUAUUCAAUGUCGAGUCCCGUACUUCACUAGCACUGCUCGGUCCUGCGUGUAACCGAUUCUGCAAAGAGCUUAUUCCUGAUGCACAGGCUGUCUCCGGAACCACCGCAGCACUCGCGGUGCUUGGCCGCAGUCUCGCGAGCGGGCCCGUCUCCCUGGCUGGAGAGGGAGAAAUGAGGUCGGAGAAAGAGCCGGCGACCGGGGGCAGGGCAAGAAGGAUUGUCGAAAUUCAGUUUAGAGACCUCCCGAGAGAUCAGGAUACCGUUCCGGCAAAUUUAAAACACAAGGAAGAGAAAAAAGAAGUCUUUACAAAGGUAGUUAUUCGGCGAUUACCCCCAAAUCUGUCAAAGGAACAGCUUGAAGAACAACUGAAUCCUUUACCUGCAUAUGACUAUUUUGAAUUCUUCUCAGCUGAUCAAAGCCUUUACCCACACCUUUUUUCUAGAGCAUACAUUAAUUUUAAAAACCCUGAGGACAUUGUUCUGUUCAGAGACCGUUUUGAUGGAUAUGUUUUCAUAGACAACAAAGGUCAGGAAUAUCCUGCGGUUGUAGAAUUUGCACCAUUUCAAAAAAUUGCAAAGAAGAAGCUCAAAAAGAAAGAUGCAAAAGCUGGCAGUAUUGAAGAAGACCCUGAGUACAGAAAGUUUCUGGAGAACUGUUGUGGUGACGAAGAGAAGGCUACUGCCAAUCCUGAGACACUGCUUGGAGAAAUAGAAGCAAAGACAAGGGAGCUUAUAGCCAAAAGAACAACACCACUUCUGGAAUACAUAAAAAACAAGAAACUAGAGAAACAGCGGAUCCGGGAGGAGAAGAGAGAGGAGCGGCGGCGCAGGGAGCUGGAGAAGAAGCGCCUGAGGGAGGAGGAGAAGAGGAAGCGCCGGGAGGAAGAGAGGCGCCGGCGGAAGGAAGCGGACAAGCAGAAGAAGCUGGCCGAGAAGGAAAUUAAGAUCAAGCUUCUUAAGAAGCCUGAGAAAGAUGAUGACCUAGAUUCCAACAGACUGAAAGAAAAAGGAGACAGUGGUGAUACGGAGAAUAGCAAAUGGGAUAAAGUGUCUUCAUCUGGACACAUGAAAGUUAAACAUUUGGACAAAGAGUCAAGAGACAAAGCUCAGACGGAGAGUGACAAAGAGCAGCGUGAGUAUGGGAGGAGGCUCAGAGACAAGGACCCCGAGAGACAGAGAGGCCGGGAUGAGGAGCGCAAAAGGCAGAGGCACCACUACGAGUUCGACAAGUUCAUGAGGCGCAAGGAAGAGAUCAAGUGGGGCAAAGGAUACUGCCAGGAUCGAGCAAAGAAAGAGGGCCACAGCAGCUACUCAUACUGCAGCGACCUGGGAGAAAAACUGGGGAAAGAUGACCGGACUGAUGACAUUGGGUCCCGGAAAGAACGCAUUCGCAACAAGUCUGUGUUAGUGCACCAAGAGAAAAGGACCUCCCAUUCAGAGGGGCGUGACGUGAUAGGAGGGGCUCUGCCAGCGAAGGACCGCCCUGCUAUGCAGCUCUACCAGCCAGGGGCACGCAGCCGAACACGAAUGGGGUCAGGGGGGAAAGUGUAUGACUGCUCCAGCAACUCUCCGGAGAGCGCCGGCGAGAGGAAAUACGAUGCAGCAACAGGAACCAGGUCAGAAAAGGGUGAGGAUGAGUAGCCAGGCUUAUAGACACAUCUGUUCCGCUCUGCACGGCUCAGAAGGGAGAACUACAGUAUGUCAUUUAAAAAAAACUGACCUGAAGUGUUUCAUGGGCAGCGUAAAUUCAGUUCAACAUGGCACAGUUUUUUUUUGUCUAUUUCCUUUGUAUUCUAACAUAAAAAAAUCUGUAUAUGGAAUAUUGCAUUUCUGAAGUCUGCAGUAUAUGAAUGUGAUGUAUUGAGCAGCUGUGAAUGCAAUAGUGCAGCUGUGUUUGAGUGUAAUGCCAGAUGGAUGUCACUGCCUGAUCAAUGUUUAUUUAUAUAUGUACAAUGUUAUAAGAAUAUUUUGUAUAAACAAAUGCACAUUUAAAAUAUCUGUUACCUGAUAAUGGGGUGAAGCUGAUACUCCUAUAAUCUAGUAAGAUGUUUUUGCAAAUGUAUUUUGCAGUGUAUGGUAGCUGAUUCUGUUCGACAAUAUAGAAUAUGUGUAAAAAUUAUAAAUAUCACAAAUAUUUAUGGUGAAAGUCUGUAUUUCAAAAUAAAUGUGAUGUCAUUGCAUCACUGAAUAGAGUAUUUACAAUAUAUUGUUAAAACAUUAUCUUAGGGUCUAUUUUAAAAUGUUUUAAAAAAUGUUU